GAAAAACACACAGUGGAACACUAUCAAUGGAGAGAUUGGCCAGAUAGAGGUGUUCCUGCAGUAAAUCUGUCUUCGUUUCGUCUUUUGGUGCGUGUGAGAAGGCUUACUCCGAUCGUGGUGCAUUGUUCGGCCGGAAUCGGACGUACUGGCACUAUUGUGGGAUUGGAUGUGUUAUACGCGAAACUCUCAAAAGGCCAAGUUGUGACCCUGGAAAGCGUUGUGCGCAGUAUUCGCAACGAUAGGCAUGGUUCGGUACAGACGGACGUCCAAUAUCUUUUCAUGCACCGUAUUCUCAUGGCAGUGGCGGAAAAUAAAAGGGUGAUCACGAGCAGCGAUGUAGAAAAGUUCAUAACCGACUACGAUGCGUUUUGCAAGUCUAAGGGCUAUAUAUGA